GCACCGCCUGCCAGAUUCCCAGCAGAUCUCAGCGAUUUAUCGCAUCGCCGCAUCUAACCCUGAACUGUCUGAGUGGCUCCGCCGGACCCGGUGUUUACUCUGACGCUUCAGGGCUGUUCCUCGUUCGCAGGUUGAAGAGUUUAGAGGGAGUUGUCUCACUGCUGAUGCUGGGGAGAUCAGUCCGUUAUCUCCCAUCUUCUCUUAUCGCCAUAUCUCCUCUCCCCCCCGUCUGCGCAUCUGAGUCGACACCGGUGGCAUAUGGACGCGCUGGAUGGCUGGUGCACUUAGCAAACCAGCGUGAACGUUUUUUUUCCACAUCAUCAUCUUUUUCUGCCUUUGAGCCUGAAACCAAAAGAGCAACUACAACAAUGACGGACCCGGUCAACCAAGAGUCCUACCCUGUCCCAGACCCGACUAUAGUGGAUCCCAGCUCGGCUGCGUUGCGGAACGGCCAGUGCGCCCCAGAUGGCUUCACCAACAACCAUCACCAGUCAGCCAAAAGCCCCAGCCAGCCCGAGGCGUUCACCACGGGCCAGGAGAUGAAAAUUACAGACAGUGUGGAGGGAGAAGGUCUCCUGGAGAGCAGCAUGCGCCUGAAGCCCCAUGAGGCUCAGAGCUACAGGAAGAAGGCACUCUGGGUCUCCUGGAUCUCCAUCGUGGUCACACUCAUACUGGCCGUGGCAGCUUUCACUGUAUCAUUCAUGAGACACAGCGCAUCAGCCUUUGGAUUUGCCUUUGAUGCCACGCUGGACGUCCUGUCAUCAGUCAUUGUCCUCUGGCGCUACAGCAAUGCAGCAGCUGUGCACUCCGCACACAGAGAGUAUAUAGCAUGUGUAAUCCUUGGGGUUUUGUUCAUUCUCUCCUCCUUGUGCAUCCUUGGAAAGGCCAUCCACGAUCUUGCUACCAGGGUGCCUCCAGAAGUGGAUGACUUCCUCUACAGUGUGUCUGUAGUGAGCGGGAUCACAUGUGCUGUGCUGGCUGUGGCCAAGUUCAUGCUGGGAAGAGUGCUGACUAGCCGGGCACUUAUCACUGACGGGUUCAACUCUCUGGUUGGUUCAAUUAUGGGAUUUUCCAUUUUGAUCAGCGCCGAAGUCUUCAAGCACCAUACUGACGUCUGGUUUCUGGAUGGCACCAUGGGAGUUGUUAUUGGACUCAUCAUUUUGGCAUAUGGCAUCAAACUCCUGAAGGACAUGGUGCCCCGUGUGAGACAGACGAGGAACUACGAACGCUUUGAGUGAGAGUGUGUGUUGGCCAGACGAGCAGGUUCAAACACACACACACACACACACACACCCACACACCUGGCUGCCUCCGCCCUCUUCUCUCUGUCCUUCCUACACACGUUAAUACACAUGCAGCACAUACAGACUCUACACGUUCCCAUACACACAAAUAUAUAUAUACACAUGCUGUAUAAACUGUACAUAGUACAUUCAUACAUUCAGACAGAAAAAAAUGCACAUGCAUACACAAAUGCAGCAACUGAGAGACUUUGAGGAAAAAGGACGUGAUUGAAGACCACAUCUUGGAGAGAAAACAUUGAAAUUCUUCUGUUCUGCCCUUCUUUACUUUUUGUCCAUUAAAACCACCAUUUCAAAAAUGACAAAAAAUGCCCAAGAGCUGAGACUCCUGUCUACCAGCAGGAGCUUUGGAUUUAUUCGACCUGGGGAUCCAGCAGUCGCUGUUUAGAUAACAACAUUCACCAGUUAUAACACAAGAGACAACAGUGUAUUGGUUUGUCCUUGUGGGUUCAGCUAUUGGCAUGGUGGACAUAAUGGGGAUCAAAAUCAAAAAUUACCAAAUGGUGGUAGAUUUUACUGUAAUGAGGCCUACACAAAACACACAGUACAUUUCCCCAUAAUUUAUUUAGCAGGAAUUUCUUUGUCUCCCUACUGUAUCUUAAAUACAAACUCCAAGUUGAGCUGAGGGCUGCUCACUAUAAUUUAAGGUUGUUGUUUUGUUUUUCUAUUUAUUGUUAAGGGCAGGUGUUCCUUUCCUAAAUCCAUUCCUGUCAAAACCUCACCAGCCUCCCCUCUUUAAAGCAGCCACUAUACCUCCUAAUGCGUUGCUGAGAGAUGGAGAGGACGUGGAAAGCUGGGAAAAGAGGACUUAGACAGAGAGCGUAUGAGCAGUUCUGAGUCAGCAAACACUGCUAUGUCCAAAAGGUGAAAAGCAUCAUAGAGCAUGGUGAGGUCAGUCUUUAUCUGGACACUCUACCGCUAAAAGGUAAAAUCUGUAAAAGAGCACAGGAGACACUGAGGACAAACAUUUGCCAUAUGAUGGCUAUAAACCUAAAGUGCACACGUCAUUUAUAUACAUUGCAUAGCCUACUGUACUGUAAGUAAUGUAUCCAAGCACAAAUUGGCGAACUUCGGCGCUGGUGUAUGUUGCUGACAGUUUAGCACAGUGCCCGUUUUGACACAAUGGGUAAUUAAAAACUAAGACAUGAUUUGACCGGUGUAUCUGACUUUGCAUAGGUUUCAUUGCCAUAUUUUGUACAUAUCUUUUGGUUGAUCUCCUAAACCCAAAUACCUGACUGAGUUAAUUACCGAACUCCAUUCAGCAUCUUUUGUUUUUUUACUCGAGACUUACUUUGACAAAGUUUUACCGGGCAAUAGCUAGCAUCUGAAGAAUAGCGAAAUACGUUUUUAAGGGUAAGAUGUAAACGCAUCUUAAUGUUUAUCUUGUGUUUUUGUUGUAACAUCUUGUCACGCUUAUAAUUAAUAGAUGUAAAAGCACUAAACUCUGCAGGAACGUCUCUGGCAUUUGCUGUAAUCCUAUUUAUCAUUUUCUCUAUGUAAUGUUGAACUCAAUCUAGCUGGGAUAUUUAUUACUUUCAUUGACAUUAAUUUAUCCAUGUUUUCUUUUUUUCUUGUUUUGACUGCAAAGUUCAUGCGGAAAGUUGGAUAAGACAAAGUCUCAAACCUAAGAUGAUACAAAGCACAAUCACAAAGAUGAAGUAGCCUGUGUGAAUAUAAUUUUCAUGGCAUAUCAUUUGCAGAGACAGUGCUUUCUCCUUAUGUCACAUACCUGCUUAUACCUCAUUUGUUCUGCAUGGUACCAUUGUUAUCAUCCAUUGUUAUGUACAACGAACAGAAUGUAAAUGCAAACCACACAGUCUGUAAAUAUGUUUAUUACACUGUCCGGGUGCAUCAGUAACAAAACGUCACAAAUAUAGUCGUAGUACUUUAUGGCCGAUAUUAAAGGCUUUUUGGAGUAGACAUAUAGUUUAAGUACAGGAGGAUCAAUGUUACAUAUAGUUGCACAUGUUUACUCUAUAGUGCUUAUACUGUAAAUGUGGUUUUACAUAUUACUGUAGAUUAUUGGUGAAAUUAAAUAAGUCUGUCUGUACAUUUUUGCAUUAAGUGAAAAUCUCAGACUGGAUGUAGGUGGGAUCUCACAGCGCUGUCCGAGGCUUUUUUAUCAUUUAUUAGUAGCUGUCAAAAGAAGAACUGAUUGCCAAUUAAAUCAUUAUUGUACAUGUUAAAAUGGGAUAGCUACAACUUACCUGCCGGCACCAAUCAGUAUUAUUUUUUUACUGAACAUUAGUGGGUGUCAUAAACUCCGCUCCAAAAUCACCCAGAACAUUUUUUAGAGAAAAUGAGAUAAAAAUACUUUUGUCAGGAAGCAUCAGAAACCCCACAACCCCAAACGAGCAAUUAGAUUAAGGAAAGGAGUUCAAUUUAUGGAUUGAUUUUGUACAACUGUAUGGAGAUCAAUCAAAUAAAAAAAUGCAUUGAUAUAAAUAAUUCAUAGAUGUUGUGUAAUGCGCAAACACACACGGACAUUAAAUGAGCUUGCUACUCAUGACCAAAAAUACAUAUUCACUAUUUAAAGUGAGGUAAACUGUGUACACUGUAUAGACAUUGUGGCCUGGUUUCUCCCUGUAAAUGUGGAUCCAGAGUGCUUGUGUGCCCCCUCAUGGUAGGAGGCCACAUGACAAGAGCUGUGAUUAGUAUUCAGCGCACUGGAUCCGAGGGAGGGAGUCUAAAUUUAUCCCAGACUGAACACAGCUACAAAGCCUUGGGCAGUGAUUCUGAAGGCACCUACAUGCACUCUGCACUGUAAUUAUCAACUGUCUGUUGACAUACUGGACAAGGUGCAACUUUCUUGGUAUAUUAUCUUUAGUUUAGUUUCUUUGUGUGAAGAAUUGUGAAGGUUGAGCUCUAAACUGAAGGUGUGAAUCGGCUCACACCACUUCAACUCACCAACAGCACAGUGAUUUGUAAUGUUCCCCCUCUGAUGCAUAGAAGACAAUCGUUACAAUGACUUUUACUAGCAAAGCACAGUGUUUACAUGCAAAUACCCACCACAUGAGGCACAGAACAAAGUCAUAACUCUUUGAAACGGUAUGCUUUACUUGCUCUAUUGCUCAUAUUGUUAACUAUAUUGUGUUCAGAUGACUUUUUUGAUCUUGGCAACGAAAUCCUUUCUACCUCUCUUCUUUGCACUUUGUUUAAUUUCCGUGUCAUUUUCUCUUGUGCACAUUCACGCUACAUAGAAUUUAGGCAGGGUGAUGCGAUUGUGGCCCUGGACCCCUUACACUUCUUAGCAAUGGGUGAUCAUUGAAGCUGUUGCACUUACUGUAAAAUCAAGGGUCAGUGCAGCAGCUGAAUACCAAAAGAAAUAUGUUGAAUAUAACUGUAACUCCAUGAUCACCAGAGUUGCGGUUGCAUUUUAUUAAUCUAUAAUGCCAUUUGUUUUUACGGCCCAAUGAAAUGUUUGAACCCACACACGCACUAAAAGACUGCUAGAGGUUUGUUAGGAUAUGACCUCUGAACAUGUAUUUGCACAAACACAGAACCUCUAAUCAUUUGACAGGUGAUAUGAUGUAUUUGAAUCCAUUUCAUUGUUCUAUUGAAAUAGCUCAGAAAUGUGUCCAAUUCUGCAGCUUGAUGAACUGUGCCAAAUCAUCGAAAAUGUGUGUAUCAUUCAAUUAAGCUUGUAUGUAUGAAUAGAUAUAUUAUUACCGCCCCAGAAGAUGCAUCAACCCAUUCAUUUGACCUAGUUUUACAAAAUUAUGAUAGCAAUACUAACCACAUCUGUUCCUAUAAGCUUCGCAUGGGCGUGUAAAAACCCUUCCAGCUUCAGCGGUUACAAGUGCAAUGCAGCCACACACAUACAAAAAAUAACAUACAUGGAACGCUGUAACUGAAUUUCCAAUACAUCUGACUGUAACAGAAUUAUUUGUCUGUUUGUACAGUAAUGACAUCCGUGGUAUUACAGAUUAUGUAAACACCAUUUAUUUAUGUAAAAUAACUGAGGUAUAUCUUUGUCAAAGAGCAAAGUUUUAUUGAUUAAUAAAGUUUUAUCCUGCUUAAUGUU